GGGAAAUGUCGCCUGGAUAUAUCAUUCUUUUUUCUUGCAGUCGUCCUGUCCUGCGUCCUCCCUAGUCCCUGAAAUCUCACGUUCGCUUUUCUAGACUAGAAGUAUAGACUACAUACCGCUGAUACCCUUGACUUUAACUUGUCGACGAUGCCUUUCACCACCGAACUCACGCGGAAGCUAGGGAUCAGAAUUCCUGUUGUCCAGGGUGGUAUGCAAUGGGUUGGAUACGCUGAGCUAGCAUCCGCCGUCAGUAACGCUGGCGGACUUGGAAUCGUACGUCCUUCACAUCUGUCGAGCCAUUUCUGUUCUGUAAAUGUGAUUUGAUUGCUAACGGGUAUCAAAUAAUGGCAACAGCUUACCGCCCUGACACAACCUACUCCCGAAGAUCUCCGAAAGGAAAUCCGAAAGACCAGGACGAUGACCAAGAAUCCGUUUGGUGUCAAUCUCACUUUCCUGCCCGCACUUACACCGCCUGACUAUCCCGCCUACGCCAAAGUCAUCAUUGAAGAAGGAGUCCGCAUCGUUGAAACCGCAGGAAACAACCCUGGCCCUAUCAUCACGCAACUGAAGAAGGCCGGCUGCACCGUUCUCCAUAAAUGUACUACCAUCAGACAUGCCAAGUCGGCUGUCAAGCUAGGCGUGGAUUUCCUCUCUAUCGACGGCUUUGAAUGCGCUGGACACGUUGGAGAGACCGAUAUUACAAACUUUAUCCUUUUGAGCCGUGCCAGACAGGAUCUGGGUGUUCCGUUCAUUGCAUCGGGUGGAUUUGCGGACGGCAACGGUUUAGCUGCUGCACUGGCGCUAGGUGCAUGCGGAAUUAACAUGGGUACACGAUUCAUGUGCACUGUUGAAGCACCCAUCCAUAAUAACAUUAAGGAAGCCAUUGUGAAGGCAGAUGAGACGGACACUCAGCUGCUUCUUCGCCGGUGGAGGAAUACAUCCCGUCUGUUCAACAACAAGGUUGCAGCGGAGGCGUAUAAGAUCGAGAAGGAGAGCCAGACGGGUGAAUUUUCCGAGCUUGCGCAUCUCGUUAGUGGAAAGCGUGGGCGUCAAGUCUUUAUCAACGGUGACGUGGAUUAUGGAGUAAGUCCAUUUCUCCCCGUUUACCCCGUUCACCCCCGUCUUUUCUUUACUGGAAGCACAAUUCCGUUUCCACUCUUUUUUCUUCUCCCUUCCCUUCCCAGGUUAUAGUUAUGCUAACUUGUAUUCUUCUCUUCCACCGUGGAAUAGGUCUGGACUGCGGGACAGGUCAUCGGUCUUAUCCGUGACAUUCCAACCUGUGCCGAGCUUCUCACUCGUAUCGAGAAGGAGGCUGCUGAAGUUAUAGCAGCAACCAACAAGCUAUAUAAACCAGCCGCGCAGAGCAAGCUGUAGAUGCAUGCAAUGGCGAUUAGAAAUCGGACCAUCAUAGACCCGACU